AUGGGCGAUGGGCCUAUCAUCACGCAUCCCAGAGACAUGUUGAACUCGCCCACGCGUAACCAGGCAAACGUUUAUCUAUACGGAACCAUCUCAAAGCGGUACCGUUACGGCCAUGCCAAAUACGUCCAGUGGUGGGACGCGACCUACAUCAAGACCACCACUGGCCGCAUCGUCGAGAGAGACACCCUCGAGUCUCGAUCCGGCCGGACCAUCAAAAAGUCGGCAAAGUCCCAGGACACCGCCAAGGCUCCCCUCUCGGCAUGCUCCCGCGCCGAACCUUCGCGCUCCGCUGCCCCGCCCCGGGUUCAACGCGGCCCACCCUCUUCUUCCUCCUCCGCCGCACGCUCGCCCAUCCAACACUCACCAGACUCGCCCAGCCCCCAUCACUCAACAUCGUCCGUCCCACGCACCGCAGACUCGUCCCUCGGCUCCCUCUCACGGGCCGCAGACUCGGCCACUUCCCACUCAGGGACCUAG